UUCAUUUUUGAGGAAGUGAAACCCGACCCACACAGUGCGCCAUAUAAAGCUCAGCUCAGCUUGUGACUCAACAAAACAAAUAGACAUGGACCCUGGCACAGCUGCAGUGAUUGGAGGAGCAGUUGCUGUGGUUGCAGCUCCUCUUGUUCUGACUGGUGCAGGUUUCACCACAGCUGGAGUAGCAGCAGGCUCCAUUGCUGCAAAAAUGAUGUCAAUUGCUGCAGUUGCUAACGGAGGAGGAGUGGCAGCAGGGGGUCUGGUGGCUGGUUUGCAGGCAGCAGGUGCAGCUGGUCUGUCAGGAGCUGCCACUGCAGCUGUGGCCGGCACUGGAGCAGCAGUGGGAUGGCUCACAAGCUACUUCUACUGAAAAUCAUGAAGGAUCAAGAUGCAUUUACAAUAUUUUUUACUUUCUCUCAUUAGGGAAGCAACAGCAAAUUUAAAAUGUUCACUUACUUAACUUUUGGAAUUUCAGAUGAGUUAAACGUUUUGUGCAAUAAAUGUGUGUAACCUGGGAAAGA